ACGGAAUUAGAUUAGAAUGUUUACAGAAAUAAAAGGGGGGACUUCAUCAGCAUGUAGGAGUCGAAGUGUACACUGAGGAGCCAUUUAAAGGGGGUAGAUAAGGGAACUAGCUGUAUAAAGGCAGGGUAAUAGAAUGAUUAAAUGUUACACUGAGUUUUGACAUUAGCAGGGAAGCUUACAUACAUUUUGAGCUAUAUUAGACUUUCUUGUCUCCCUUUUUCACAUUGCAGUGGAUAUCUGAAGUGCUACCACCAUGGAGAAUGGAAUGGAUGUCCAAAUGCAAGUACCCAACCCCCUCUCCUCUCUCCCAAGGACAUAUCCUGAACACUCGCAUACAGACAAUAUGAAUGCAGACGACGUGUUAUCCCAACCGGCCCAAGCCUGCGAGGCUGCCUGCCAGAAUCCGCCAAGCCAGUGCCAAUUGGAGUCCACCUGCGAUGAAUCCUUGUGCAGAGCGCCGCCGCGUGUGGACAGUUGCCCAGAUAUGGACACAAGACCUCCACUCACCCCAGAACUCAUAGGGAUGGAACUGGAUGCCCAGCAGGAGGAGGCAUUGCCACUGUGUAGUUUCCACAUGCAGGAACUGGUAAAUCAGCUACCGAGUUUAGAUUAUGAAACGGGGCAGUUGUAUCCUUCCAGUUCCACCCAUUGUAGUGAAUCAGACCACAAGGAAACAGAGUCCCAAGAGAGCCAGACCGAUUGCUCCCCCUGUCCUCUGCACAUCGUCACUGGAAAAGGCCUAUCCCAAGCUCCCCCUAAAUUAUCUGAGUCUAGUACCCCACUCUGUAGUAGCCGAGGUCUUUUUAUGUCCGAUACUAGCACAGAUGAGCUGUUGAGCCUCUUUCAGUAUGAAGACGGUACACUGGCACAAGGGGAAAUUGGUAUACCGCUUGCUAGGCUGGAGGCCAUGCCAAAGAGUGAUGCUCCCCCAACUCAGAAUGAAGGACAGGGGGACCUCAAUUGGAAUACAAGGGAUACAUCUUCCACUUUGUCUGAGAUAAGUAAAGAGGAUUCAUCCGGCAGCUUGGCAGAAGUGACUGAGUCAGCAUGGGAAGAACCUGAACAGCCCAAGCCGCUUGCAAGAACGGAUAUGAACCCAGAGCUGUCCUCGCAAAACUCUACUCUGGCAAAAGUGCCUGGUCCAUGUGACCCAGAGGACUUGCUGGAUGGUGUGAUUUUUGGGGCAAAAUACCUGGGAUCGACCCAGCUGAACUGUGAGAAACAUCCAGCCACAAACACACGGAUGAGGCAGGCCCAGGAGGCGGUGGAUAGAGUUAAGGCACCAGAUGGUGAGUCUCAGCCAAUGACAGAAGUUGAUAUUAUGGUGUCCACUAAAAGGGUUAAAGUACUGACUGCCGAUACGCAGGAGACCUUGAUGGAACACCCCCUGCAGACCAUCUCUUACACCGCUGAUAUUGGCAGUAUUUUGGUUUUGAUGGCACGUAGGAAAUCACCACGUGGCCAGGAUCAAUCCCCUGGCCAGAGGAAGCCACAUAAGAUGCUGUGCCAUGUUUUCCAGUCCAAUGAUGCUCAGCUCAUUGCCCAGGCCAUCGGCCAAGCUUUUGGAUUAGCCUACCAGAACUUCCUGCUUUCAGAGGGUGGGGGGCAUGUUGAACCAGGAUCCUCUCAAGCGUUUGAACAACUUUACAAUGCCGAUCUGGCCUACUUCAGCAAGAGCGAUAACUGCAGGGAGGUUUAUAUCCAGAAGCAACGCGGAGAGAUGCUCGGCGUGGCUGUUGUGGAGUCUGGUUGGGGUUCUUUGCUUCCUACGGUGGUCAUUGCAAAUUUGAUGCAUGGAGGUCCAGCGGAGCGCAGUGGCGAGCUAAGCAUCGGGGAUCACGUGACCAGUAUUAAUAGAACCAGCCUCGUGGGAUUGCCCCUCUCUGCAUCCCAGGCACUGAUCCGGGAACUGAAAGGACAGUCUGAGGUGAUUCUGAACAUAGUCCGCUGCCCCCCUGUUAUUACAGCCAUAAUUCAGAGACCUGAUGCCAGCCACCAACUAGGAUUCUGUGUCGAGGAUGGAGUGAUCUGCAGUCUGGUGCGUGGGGGAAUCGCUGAGAGAGGAGGGAUCAGAGUGGGACACCGGAUUAUUGAGAUAAAUGGACAGAGCGUUGUGGCAACAGCCCAUGAAAAAAUUAUUCAGACUCUGCUGGAAGCCACAGGGGAGGUCCAUAUAAAAACCAUGCCAGCCUCUACCUACAGACUGCUAACUGGACAGGAAACCCCAGUUUACCUGUAAAAUAAAAAUGAAAUAAAAAGACUUCUUAUGGACUUUCACCAGAA